UCAUACUUUUUCAUGUCACAAUUUAUUACAUAGUAGUCAGUAGUCACUGUUUACGUAUAUUUAAACACAAAUUUUUUUCUUAAGUCAAAUUUAUAAUGGAAAGUUUGACUUCAAGUAGUUCAGAAUGGGAAGAGGAAUUGGAAACUGCAGCUGUUUUUGCAAUUUUGAACAAACAAAAUAAAAAAUCCACCAGAUCAUGCUGGGUACAUGAAAUUAAUAAAAAAAGGUUAAAAUUAGGAGAAUUCCAUCGUCUAGUUCAUGAAUUACGAAAUGAUCCAAGACGAUUUCACAUGUAUUUCCGAAUGACAAAAGAUGAAUUUGAUUAUGUACACAAUCUUAUUAAAAAAGACAUACAAAAACAGAGCACUCAAUUUCGAAAACCUAUAAGUACCGAAGAAAGAUUAGCGGUUUGUUUGAGAUAUAUCAUGGAUAAUGAGUACAAAGUUGGAGCAUUGUGCGAUUUGAUAGCAUCAAAUGGAAAUAAAAAGAAAACUAAAAAAGAUAAAAAGGCGAAAGAGAAUAUUGAAUGUCAACUCCAAUCAGAUACAAAUUUGAAUGAUUUAUCUAAAAAUGAAAAUGCAGAAAAAUCCAAGAAGAGAAAAUCCAAGAAUUCAAAUGAACAAUCAAUAAAAAAAAUUAAAAAAAAUAUUAAAAUUUCUUUAGUUUCUCCACAAAUUGAAACUGUUGAUAUAAAACCAGAAAAAAAUUUAGAAACCAAUAAAACAAAUCAAAUUAAUGAAGACACAAAUUCAGGAGUUAUUGCAUCUACAAAUUUUGAAAAAAAAAUAAAAAAAAACAAAAAUAAAAAAUUGAAAGAUAAUUCAAAUAAACUUAAUUAUAAAAAAAAGAAAAUUGAUAAUAGUUCUGUAGUUUCUCCACAAAUUAGAGUUGUUAAUAUUAAACCAGAAAAAAUUGCAGAAACCAAUAAAACAAAUCAAAUCAAUGAAGAAACAAAUUCAGAAGUUAAUGAAUCCAAAAGUUUUGAAAAAACAAUUAAAAAAAAAAAAGACAAAAAAUCGAAAGACAAUUCAACUAAGCCUAAUGAUAAAACUAAGAAAAUUGAUAAAAAAUUCUCUACGACUAACUCAUUAGAUAUAAAAUCUUCUGAGGAUUAUACUGAAAAAGAGUCGAGAACUGUGUUUGUUGGAAAUGUUCCAGUUAAUGUUAAAAUGACUGCUGUAAAAAAUUUAUUUAAGCAGUUUGGAGAAGUAGAAACUACUAGAUUAAGAAGUGUAGCUGUCAAAAAUCUUGAUAUACCUAAACGUGUAUCUAUAAUGAAAGGAGAUUUUCAUCCGCAGAGAGAUACUGCUAAUGUAUAUGUACGUUUCAAAACUAUCGAACAGGCACAAAAAGCAUUGGUUUUAAAUGCCACACAGUUUGAAGGACAUACAAUAAGAGUAGACAUGGCUUUAAAUACAGGUCAUAAGCAAAAUAUGAAAAAAGGAAUAUUUAUUGGAAAUCUACCUUAUAGUAUUCAGGAAGAUGAAAUAUGGGACUAUUUUAAAGAUUGUGGAUCAAUAUCAGCUGUGCGUAUUGUCCGUGAUAAUGCAACAGGUGUGAGCAAAGGUUUUGGAUAUGUAGAUUUUGAAAGUAAAGAAUCUGUUGAAUUAGCUAUGCAAAUCCAAGGGAAAAAGGUUCAAAAUAGAGAAAUUCGCAUUAAAAGGAUUGAAACAAAAAAAAAUACAAACAAGGUGUUUGACAAAAAAUCAUCACUAUUUAAAAGAACCAAACCUAUUGUUAGUAGAAGUAGUCAAAACUUCCAAGGAGAAAUAACGAAACCAAAAACACAAAAAAAGAAACAAAAGCCAACAAAAACUGAUUUAAUGAGAAAGAAGAUUGCUAAAAAAUUAAAUGCUUAAUCUAAUUUGUAUUGACUAAUAAAAUUAAAAAUUUGCAAAAGAAUACCUAUUUAAUUUUAAUUAAAAAUUAUCAACUAGUUGAA